AUGAAACUAAUCCCUGGGUUGCCAAGUCCACUGUCUCUCUUUUAUGCUAUACUUGUUUGCUUGCUCCUUGCCGUCGUUUUCACCAACUUCAAACCUCCCAUCACCACCUCCAUUGACGGUGACUUUACAAUCCCACCUCUACAAACCACCAUCGCCUCCGCUGCCACUACUACUACAGGAGGUGCCACUGCCUUCCAAACCCACCCACCGCCACUCCCCCACUCUCAUCUCGGCUGCACGUCGCUUGCUCUCCAUGCGCUUCUCGAGGACCCAUCAAAUUCCAUGUUUGCCCUUCUUUCCUCCUCCUGCAUCCCUCUCCGCUCUUUUAACUUCACCUACAAGACUCUCAUCUGGCCCAAGAAGAGUUUCAUCGAGUUACUGAAGAACGAGCCUGGUGCUUAUGACCGCUGGGCGGCGCGCGGGAAAUACGCGAUGCUCCCCGAAGUACCUUUUGAGAAUUUCCGAAUCGGGUCACAGUUCUUUGUUCUGACCCACGAGCACGCCAGGAUGAUUGUGAGUGACAGCAAGUUGUGGUCAAAGUUCAGGUUACUAUGCUUGAAGAAGUCCAUCUGUUACCCCGAGGAGCAGUACUUCCCUACUUUAAUCAGCAGAAGGACCAAGUGGAUGCAUCCCAUUAACCCUUACCCACGUAGACUGCAGCAUCAGACGGCACGGGCACCCCGCAUGUACAGGGCUUCCGAGGUGCGUCCGGACUUGAUUGCGGCCGUUAGAAGUAAGAGGCCCAGAUACGGUGAUGACGGACCCAACGGCUCAAGUUCGUUGGCGACCAAACGGAAGGACCCAUUCUUGUUUGCUAGGAAGUUCUCCGCGGACUCAAUCCAGCCAUUGUUGAGAAUUGCUCUCGACGUCAUCUUCAAAGAUUAG